GGCCGCCCUUCGAUUUGCCAAUAUUAAUCUCUUUCUCUCUCUCUCUUGCUUGCUCUCGUUGGAUCGGAUAUUGUUGAAGCAUAUCUACCUUCCACUCUCUGCGUGGAGGGCGCACUGUUAGUGGCGUUAGAAUCGAGAUACAAGUCUUCCGGGGACAGUUUGUUGUUCUUCUACGCACACUCAAGAGAUAUGGAGCCGCCGGCAACAGUUGGUGGCGGCGGUGGCGGUGGCGGAGCAAGGCGACCGCAGCAGCAGCAACAACAACAACCAGGCUUGGGACAGAUGCUGACGGGGAUAAUUAGGAUAGCAGUGUUUUGGUAUUUCGCAUCCAAGUUCUUCGGGCCUAAGCGAUCUCCCACUCAAUCCGCUCAUCAGAUCUCCAAUCUAUUCCACAAAGGCGAACCUUUGGAUAUGUGGUUAUACCUUUCCGAGCAGGAGAGUUUUAAUGACUUUGGCAGUGAAAGAGCCCUUGUUUGGCAGGAAACAAAUAUACCUUAUGCAGUUUGGACGGCUGAGAGUAGCAGAACUCUAUCUUUGAAGUAUUAUCCUUCUGAGGAUUUAAAGAAGAAUGGGAGUCUCUAUGCUCAUGUUUUCUUUGCUAGAUCUGGCUAUCCGCCAGAUCCAAAGGAUCCUGAAUACCAGCCAUUGGCUGCUUUCGGGCGGACACACCCUGUGGUGACAUAUUUGCCCAAGUCAAAGGCUGACAAGAGGAAGAGUCUGUUGGGGAACUCACAAGACAGUGAUGGUGGAAGCGAUGCUGAGGUAGUCAAAGAUGCUCCAGUUGAUGACAAAGAGGAUGGACCAGUUGAAUGGAGAUCAUACUGGAAACCUAAUAUUACAAUAAACCUGGUUGAUGAUUUCACAAGAUAUCCUCAGAAUGCUGUUCCCCCAAAUAUUGCUCCUUUCUUGAACGUUGAGCCUAGUACUGGAAAUUACUAUCCAACCAUCUUCUUCAAUGAGUUUUGGUUACUUAGGGAUAAAUUAAUACCAAUAAAUGAGACGGUGAAUGAAUUUCCACUCAAUCUGGAGGUUGGACCCAUUAGCAUGACAAAAUGGCAACUAUUCCUACAGAUUGAUCAGUCAUUCCAGAUUCAUAGAAGUUAUGGAAGCAUGCUUGAAGGUGAAGCUGAUGAACUUAAGAGAGUUUUUCUGGAAGGAAAUCCUUACCUUUUGGCAGUAACCAUGGUUGUUUCAGUACUUCACUCUAUAUUUGACUUCUUGGCUUUUAAGAACGAUAUUCAGUUCUGGAAUAAAAACAAGUCUAUGGAGGGAUUAUCUGCAAAGUCUGUUGUUGUGAACUUCUUUUGUCAGUUAAUUGUCUUCCUUUAUCUGCUUGACAAUGAAACUUCGUGGAUGAUACUUGCAAGUUCUGGUAUCGGCUGCUGCAUUGAGUUCUGGAAAAUUGGGAAAGCUAUGCACAUUGAGAUUGACAGAUCUGGUAAGAUACCAAUGUUGCGGUUCCGUGACCGUGAGUCAUAUGCUAAAAACAAGACGAAGGAAUAUGAUGAUCUUGCAAUGAAGUACUUGACAUAUGUUCUCUUCUUUCUUGCUGUCUGUUUCUCUAUUUACUCUCUGAAGUAUGAACGCCACAAGAGCUGGUAUUCUUGGAUUCUCUCGUCGCUUACAAGCUGCGUCUACAUGUUUGGAUUUAUUAUGAUGUGCCCUCAGCUGUUUAUCAAUUAUAAGCUGAAGUCUGUUGCCCAUCUACCUUGGAGGCAGAUGACAUACAAAUUUCUGAACACAAUUAUUGAUGAUCUAUUUGCAUUUGUCAUUAAGAUGCCGAUUCUACAUCGACUUUCUGUCUUCCGUGAUGAUGUGAUAUUCUUGAUAUAUCUGUACCAAAGAUGGAUCUAUCCAGUGGACAAGAAGCGUGUAAAUGAAUUCGGUUUUGGUGGGGAGGAUGAUCAAGCCUUAGUGGGUACAGAUGUGACCGAACAGAAUGAAGCAGAGAAGAAAACUAACUGAGGUAGAGUUGAUUUUGAGCAAAUUGGUGGUGUAUAACAAUCACAUAGUGUAUAACUCAAAAAAGGCCCCCUAUCAGUUUCUGGAUGAUAGUUGUUUUUUGGUUAUAUAAGUAUACCUCUUGCUUGGUGUUCCCACUCCAGCAAAGGGUGAAUAGGUAAUGGCAAUGGCUGUUGCACGUGUUUGGAUUGGAGAAGAAAAGUACCUCUUAGAUAUUUAUGUUUUUUGGACGAGUUUUCUUGUUGUAUUUUAGCUUUUGGCAGAUUUACCCAAGUCACAAUUCAGUUUAGGCGAGUAUUAUAAUGAUAAGCCAGAUUAUGUUUUUGGACCAAUUUUGUUCUAGAACAAUAUUAGCUGUUAAUUACCCUUGUCCGCCCCCCCCACUUGUUUUGAUUCAGAAGCGUUUCUUGAUAUGAGAUCAUGCUUCUUGUAUACAAUGUGUACCGUUAUAUGAUAAUAAAAUGUGAUGUGUUUGCAUAA